UAUGUAGAAGCACACUGCAUUCGUCACUCGACAAUCGAACCAAACUCGUGUCGGACACGAACCGUCAUUUAUUUGAUAGAUAAGGAAAUAACAUCGAAAUAACAAUGACAACAAUCAGCAAUCCGACAAUACCUGCUUCGUUCCCGAUUCCGUUCGGUGUCUUCCCUGGCCGCAUCUUUAGCGUGAAGGGUCGCACUCCAGCCAACUCGAAGAGGUUCGCUAUAAACCUACAAUGUGGUCCGAAAAUCUACAAUGAUGAAGUCAUAGCGUUUCAUUUCAACCCUCGCUUCGACUUCAACUCUCUUGUCCGCAACCACUUCGGGACCAGCUGGGGCACUGAGGAGGUCAGCUCUGGAGUGCCGAUGAACCAAGGAGAAUGUUUCGAAAUACUUAUCUAUUGCUAUUAUUAUUCAUUUAAGGUGGAAGUCAAUGGAAAAUUUGUCUGCGAAUUCGACCAUCGCAUGUCGUUUCGUAAGAUCACCCACAUCAUGGUAGCCGGUGAUGUUACGAUAGAUGCAAUCAGUUUCGUAGGAGCGAACACGCCACAGGACCCGAAUCUGAUGGUGCCAUGCGUGGUCCCUGUUCCUGGGAGCAUGCAACCCGGUCGCGCGAUUCGAGUGAAGGGAACGACCCCUUCAGGAGCGAAGAGGUUCGCGAUAAACCUCCAAUGUGGUCCGAAACUGUAUCCUGACGAAGAUAUAGCCUUCCAUUUUAACCCUCGUUUCUACCAGGGGGCUAUAGUUCGCAACAAUUUCGGUUGCUCGGCGUGGGGCCCUGAAGAGACGCAGGGACCCUUACCACUCAGCAGUGGAUUACCAUUCGAAGUUAUCAUUCAUUGCUACCAAGAUUCUUUUAAGGUGUUGUUGAACGGACAACAAGUCUGCGAGUUUUCUCAUCGGAUCCCGAUACAGAGAAUCACUCACGUCAUGGUGGACGGCGACGCUAUUAUAUUCCAGAUAGACUUCGAAGUGCCUGAACACCCGUCUGAACCACCACCAACAAGAUGCUGCGAAGUUUCAGGUCCCUAUUAAAUACGAAGAGAUGCUGGAAAUAUCGGAUUUAUACAAGAAUGACACUGUCCUGGCUUAAACUGUCAAACACCGCGAGGACAUUGGUGACCCCAACCUAUUGUUCUAUAAUUGUGUCUAUAAUGACGGUAC